AUGUCCAUGACAGGGCAGAAGAUCAAGGACACCACCCUCAUAGCAGAGAUGACCACCUCAGCAGAGACAACCACCUCAGCAGAGACAACCGCUACAGCAACAUCUGCAAGAGGGGAAGAGAGCUCACCAGGGCCCAGCGUGCGGCUGUCGGGCGGCAGGAACGGCUGCGAGGGCCGCGUGGAGCUGUACGACGGCAGCUCGUGGGGGACGGUGUGUGACGACCAGUGGGACCUGCAGGAUGCCCAGGUGGUGUGCCGCCAGCUGGGCUGCGGCCAGCCCGUGGCUGCACUGGACACUGCACACUUCGGCCUGGGGUCUGGCCGCAUCUUCCUGGACGACGUGCAGUGCCGCGGGGACGAGCCUUCCCUCAGGAUGUGCCGGCACAGAGGCUGGGGCGUGCACAACUGCGGGCACAUGGAGGAUGCCAGUGUCAUCUGUGCAGGUGCCAAUCCAACCCCUCCUGCUCAAUGGCCGUACACAACAGGGCCCAGCGUGCGGCUGUCGGGCGGCAGGAACGGCUGCGAGGGCCGCGUGGAGCUGUACGACGGCAGCUCGAUGUGCCAGCACAGAGGCUGGGGCAUGCACAACUGCAUGCACAGUGAGGAUGCCAGUGUCAUCUGUGCAGUAAAUUCUUUCCCAUUUGUUUUUGCAGCACCUUAUUUUUGUGGUGGCUCAGUCUCAGAUUCCUCUGGGGUGCUGCAGAGUCCCAACUAUCCUGGAAAUUAUCCAAAUGAUGCUGACUGUGUGUGGGAAAUACAAGUAGAGAACAAUUUCCGUGUAACGCUCACAUUUAGAGAUAUUGUGAUGCAAAGCGGGAUGUGCCAGCAUGACUACAUUGAAGUCUAUGACGGACCUCUCCAUUCUUCCCCUCUUCUUGGGAGAUUCUGUUCUGGUUCCUUUCCCACAUAUGUGUCCUCUUCAAACAUGAUGACUGUUCGCUUCCACAGUGAUUCCAGAAACUCCUUCAGAGGUUUUCAGGCUCACUACUCCUCCAUCCCAGCAGGUCACAACACCACCAUUCAGUGCUUGCCAGACUACAUGCACGUAGUGGUCAGCAGAGACUUCCUCCAGUCUCAGGGCUACUCAGCACAGAGGGUCACCCUGAACGACAAUCGCUGCAGACCGACAGUCACCUCACGGGAGGUUGUGUUCAACAUUCCCUACAACAGCUGUGGGACAACUCAAGAGGAGAACAACGACACAAUCAACUACUCCAACACCAUUAGGGUCACAUCUUCCGGGUACAUAAUCAAGAGGAAAAAGAACAUCAAUUUGCACGUCAGCUGCAAAAUGCUGAGGAAGAGCUGGCAGCAGGUGAUGUACGCUGCUGAGGACACCGUGGAUGUGAACGAGUACCAGUUUGGAAGAUACGACAUGAACAUCACCUUCUACGAUUCUCCAGCGUUCGUGCAGCAAGUGCGCAGCUCUCCCUACUACAUCGACCUCAACCAAAACCUCUACCUCCAAGCCUGUCUUCACAGCUCGGACCCAAACCUGAAGGUGGCUGUGGACACGUGUGUGGCAUCGCCUGACCCUCGUGAUUUUAACACCCUGGCUUAUUAUUUAGUCAGAAAUGGGUGUCCUAGAGAUUCUUCCUACUCCACGUUCUACUCCCCUUCCAGCCACUUUGCUCGGUUCAAGUUUAACGCCUUCGAGUUCAUGAGCCGGCACCCGUCCGUGUACCUGAAGUGCCGGAUGCUGGUCUGCAGGCUCGGGGACUUCUCCUCCCGCUGCUACCGGGGCUGCAGCUCCAGGGCCAAGAGAGACACCAGCCCUGCUGAGGAACAAGUGGAUGUGGUGGUUGGACCCCUUCAGCUCCGAGGAGGGGAUGCUCCCAGCGGGACCACCGGGAAAGACGAAUAA